AACCCCCUUGGACGACAAAUCACCUUAUUUUCUGCGGUUAUGCUGAACCUGGGAGAGCUUUUAGGAUCAGGGAUUUUCUCUGUCCCUGGUGUAGUGCUGAACUCGGUGGGCUCUGUUGGGCUUCUCUUGCUCUACUGGCUUCUCUCGCCCUUGUUCGCGUGCGUUGCACUUCUUUCAUAUACCGAACUUGCGAGCAUGUUUCCUCGAAGGUCUGGAGCCGAGGUCGUCUUCCUAGAACAAGCAUACCCAAGACCACGAUAUCUCAUACCGACAGCAUUCGCUGUGACUUAUGUCAUGUUUUCAUUCAGCGCCACAAACUCUAUCGUGUUCGCGCAAUAUGUUCUCGCUAUCUUCGACAUCCCCGUCACGGAAGCUCGACAGACAGCGCUCGCUACGGGCGUGGUAACAUUCUGUGUAGCCAUGGUUGGAAUCUCCACGAAAUGGGCUCUUCGUCUUGUCAGCGUCCUGACUACCGCCAAAAUAUGCUCACUUAUAUUCGUAUCUGUGACCGGAAUUGCGGUUCUGUCAGGCCUCACUCAGAUCAGGGACCCUUACGCAAACUUCCACAAUAUCUGGCAUGGCAGCAGCACAAAUCCCAACGCUCUCGCGACUGCUCUCGUCAAAACCAAUUUUGCCUUCGUUGGCUGGUCCAACUCUUUCAAUGUCCUCAACGAAGUGCGAGGGAAAGACCCGGUACGCACCGUACGCAACUCCGGUGCCAUCGCCUUGGGCCUUGUGACGGUGCUAUUCUUCAUGGUCAACGUAGCGUACGUAGCAGCAGUACCAGCAGACGAGAUGAAGGCCAGUGGUCAGCUUGUGGCUGCAUUGUUCUUCAAACGCGUGUUUGGUGACCACUGGGCGUCGAAGUUGCUGCCGGUCAUGGUGGCAUGUAGUUGUGUAGGCAGCAUCACUGCAAUAACACUAGGGCAGGCGCGCGUCGUCCGUGAGGUCGCUCGCCAAGGAUUGCUGCCCUACCCACAAUUCUUCGCGUCCACGAAACCGUUCGGGACCCCGCUCGCACCCGUCUCACUCAAAUGCUUUCUUACGGUCACUGUAUUGAUGAUUCUUCCGGCAAAGGACGCGUUCAGCUUCAUGCUCGAUCUUAGGUCGUAUCCUGUUUUGAUCUUUGCUACUGCGAUGGCAGUGGGCGUAUGGAUCCUCCGGAAGAGGAGGGCUGCAGAGGGUUUGCCGCCCUCGCCUUUCCAGGUCCCAAAUUGGAUCUUGUUCGUCUGGAUCACCCAAUGUGUCUUUUUACUGGUAAUGCCAUGGGUACCUCCGGAGCAUGGUCGCGGAGACGUUUCCUUCUGGUAUGCGACGUAUUGUGUCGUGGGACUCGGCGUUCUCGGCGUUUGUGGCCUUUACUACUACAUUUGGAUAGUAUUGCUACCCAAAUGGGGAGGCUAUGAAGUUGUGGAAGAGUUCGUGGAGCUCGAUGACGGUGCGCGGACGACAAGAUUGAUUCGGAAGUAUGUGUCGCGAGACGAGAAUAGGGAAGAAGAGAGGAGGCCAUUGCUGCGCCCGCGGUCUGAGUGAUGAGUAACCCGAAUAAUAGACCUUAGACGGAGCGGGGAGAUAUACACAUACUAG